GGUGUCAUUACAAAGAUGGCGGCCGAGGAAAGUUGAAAGUGACCUGGUCCUGUCUGAUUGUCAUAAACACUAAUUGCAAACCAAGUGAAAGAGGUGACCAUGGUCUUAACUGUAUCAUUUGGUUGUUCUUGGUGCCACCUUACAUGGCUAUACAGAAACUGUGCUAAAACAAUUAAGAACCCACAUUUUAUGUUGAGGAGAUGUUUAGCAACCAAGAAACCAGAGACAGUUAUGAAUGUUUUCGAUAGAAAUGCGAAGAAGCUUCAAAAAGAGCGGACUACACUUUUGAAAGACUACAAAGUGUAUGAUUACGUAAAAGAAGAGAUUGGAUACAGAACUUUUGAUAGAAUAUGUGACAUAAAAAGGGAAUUUGAUGUUCUUGUAGACUUGGGCUGUGGUAGAGGAUAUGUUUCAAAACAUCUCCAGAAAGAAAUGGUAAAGACUGUCUACCAGUGUGAAAUAACUGAAUUACUACUGAAACAAUGUGAAAAACCAGAAGAUGUUAUAACACAUCAUAUGGUUGUAGAUGAAGAAUUUAUACCAUUUAAAGAAAACUCUAUAGAUAUGUAUGUUAGUAGUUUAAGUUUACAUUGGGUUAAUGAUCUUCCUGGUUGCUUUAGACAAGUGCAAAACUCUUUAAAAAAUGAUGGUGCUUUUAUUGGAUGUAUGUUUGGAGGAGACACAUUAUUUGAAUUAAGAGUUUCAUUACAGUUAGCUGAAACAGAAUUAGAAGGGGGAUUUGCACCACAUAUAUCACCGUUUACAGAUGUUAGAGAUCUAGGUAGUUUAUUAAAUAAUUCUGGCUUCACCUUACUAACUAUAGAUGUUGAUGAAAUGACAGUUAUUUAUCCUGGAAUUAAAGAGUUGAUGCAUGAUCUCAAAGGAAUGGGAGAAAAUAAUUGUGCCUGGUCAAGGAAGCCUAUGUUGCAUAGAAAUACUAUAAAACUAGCUAAUGAAAAAUAUAAAGAAAUGUUUGGUAAAGAAGGUGGUAUCCCUGCAACUUUCCAAAUAAUAAAUUUUAUAGGAUGGAAACCAGAUCCUUCUCAGGCUAAACCAGCGAAGAGAGGUAGUGGUCAAGUUUCCUUUGCUGAUUUACAUAAAAUAAAUGAAGAUACCAAGGAGAAAGAUAUUUCUAAUGAUGAAGACAAACAUUCUUAGUGAUUUAAUAUUUAUUGCUGGCAAUAAAAUAUAAUAAUAACAGUAA